AUGCCAGUGACCCUUGGGCUGGAGACCCUUGGGCCGAUGACCUUCAGACUGGUGACCCUCAGACCAGACCCACCAUGUCCUGAAGAAGCUGUGAAACCUGGGGAAAACACACCUGUGGAAGAGCCAGGUCCCUUUCAUGGAGGUUUGCUGGAGAAAAUGACCAUGGCAGAACUGCUCGUGCUCUUUAAACUACUAGGUUACCAGGGGAAGCAAGCAAAUGCUUACUGUCUGCUGCUGCUGGCGGCGGCGCGUCCCGCCGCCCCCCCGCACAGGCCUACGUUUACAUGUGGAGGAGUUGUAUCUGGAGAGUCAGGGUUUAUUGGGAGUGAAGGAUUUCCUGGCGUCUACCCACCAAACAGCAAAUGUACUUGGAAAAUCACAGUCCCAGAGGGAAAAGUGGUGGUUCUUUCUUUUCGGUAUUUAGACCUGGAAAGCGACAAUCUGUGCCGAUACGAUUUUGUGGAUAUAUACAGUGGCCAUGCCAAUGGACAGCGCAUCGGCAGGUUCUGUGGGACUGUGAAACCAGGUGCCCUUGUAUCCAGCAGCAAUAAAAUGUUGGUGCAGAUGACUUCAGAUGCUAAUACUGCUGGAAGUGGAUUCAUUGCAAAGUUUUCUGCAGCAGAACCACAUGAAAGAGGGGACCAGUACUGCGGGGGACGGCUGGACAAGCCAUCGGGCUCCUUCUACACACCCAACUGGCCAGAGCGCGACUACCCCGCGGGAGUCACCUGCUCCUGGCACAUCGUGGCUCCGAAGAACCAGAUAAUAGAGUUAAAGUUUGAGAAAUUUGAUGUGGAGAGAGACAACUACUGCAGAUAUGACUACGUUGCAGUGUUUAAUGGUGGGGAAAUCAAUGAUGCCAAAAGAAUUGGGAAGUACUGUGGAGACAGUCCCCCAGCGCCUAUUCUGUCUGAGAAAAAUGAGUUGUUCGUUCAGUUUUUAUCUGAUUUAAGCUUAACAGCUGAUGGUUUUAUUGGCCAUUAUAAAUUUAGACCAAAAAAGUUACCCACAACUACAGCUCCACCUACAACCACAACAAUCCCUGCUACCUCAAUUGUGAAACCUACAGUUGCCCUGUGCCAGCAGAAGUGUAAAAGGAGUGGGACUCUGGAAAGCAACUAUUGUUCAAGUAACUUCGUAAUAACUGGAACUGUAAUCACAACAGUAACGCGGGCUGGCAGUCUGCAUGCAACAAUAUCCAUCAUUAAUGUAUAUAAGGAGGGAAAUUUAGCAAUCCAACAAGCUGGCAAGAACAUGAGUGCCAAGAUUCUUGUUAUGUGCAAGCAGUGUCCUCUCAUGAGGAGGGGUUUAAAUUACAUCAUCAUGGGCCAGGUAGAAGAAGAUGGUAGAGGCAAAGUCUUUCCCAACAGCUUUGUCAUGAGUUUUAAGACUAAGAAUUCAAAGAUCCUAAAUGCCUUGAAAAACAAAACAUGUCAAAAUUGAACUCUGCAACUGCAUUCUAUCAUAUCUUGAAACAUCUUUUUAACUUAGUGUAAGUCAUGGAAAUGCAACUGACUGCCAACAGUACGGCCACGCUGAUCCUUCCUUCCCUCCUGUCCACACAAGCACACCUGGCACAAAGUGAAAUCCAUUACCUGUACAACAUGAGAACAGAUCCUCCUGAUGUGCCAAGAUUUGCAGCACAGCCAUCUGAUCUCAAACAUACAAAUUCCAAUUACUUGGAAGAUGUUAAUUUAUAACUGUCCAAUUUUUUUAAGGAGUUCUUUACGUAAAAUAAGAAUUCUAAGUGCAAUAUUUAUAGCAACUCAGUUUAACUUAGCUUUUUCUCUAAAGUUGUUUUAUUACACGGAUUUCUGCAUUAUUAUCAGUGCUUAAUAAAAUAUUUUAAGAUUAAAUCAUACACCAACUAGUUAUUAAUUAUUUAUAAAGUGGGGCAGCUAAAUAUAGAAACUAGGUUUUGAUCAUUUUCAAGCUUUUGAUGGUUUGGGCCUUGCACAUUGUAAAUGACUUACACUUUCUUGCUGAUUAAGGGUCUGAUUUUCCUUACAUGGAAGUCAGUGAAUCAUUGAUCUGAACAGGAACUCUUCAAAGAAUUAGACAGCUGUAAAGCAGCACCACACUUUUCUCCACUGAUGACUAUCUACUUAGUAAAUGUCACUAUUAAGUUCUGUAAGGUAAUGAGGUAGAGGAAGGUAGGAAUUAAUUCAGCGAUGGUAAGGUGCAUAUAGAAUCUAAGAUCCCUUUAAGUAGUUUUUUUCCUUGUAAAUACCAGACCAGAGUUCUUGGGAUAAUCUGUGACCACAGGCAGGAAACUAAUGAAGUACACAGUCCCUACUGGAAGUACUCAUUGCUUGUUCCAGCAGGGGAAUGCAGAUUGCCAUUCUCCUCUCUGAUGGAUUCUCACAUGUGAUGCCAAGAGGCACUGCCACAGUGCAGCUCGGCAGCACGGCAGCCUCUCUCCCAAAGACUUCAUGGGUAGCUGGGCUGGGGACAAAAGGAUCAGAGGGGGGCACAGAGGUACAAAGAGGCUGUGCUGGCAGCUCACAUCCAACAGCUCAGUGCUGCAGCCACACCUCAAAGAUUGCAUUGCCCGACUGACCAAACCAAACGGCGUUCUCUGUGGAACCAACAGCAACAUUUGUUUGCAAAGCAGAUGUAGUUUUAUAAUUUUAAAACUUUUAAAUUGGAAUUUUAAUUUUCCAGCAUUAGUUCCUAUGCAGACUAAGGGACUUUAUGCACAGCGCUCUCUGCAUUUCUUGGCAGCAGCCUGGGGAAAAGCAAUGUGGAAAUCAUGCUCAGAGCUGUCUUGAACUACAACAAUCUAUUUUUAUUAAUGAUGACAUGCCCAUCUGUCAUGCAGCUUUUUUCAGUGAGGCAAGAAAGGUCUGGCAGCUUACUCAUCAUCUGCCAAAUGGAAGGUAGGGAGAGCUCCUGCCUGCUCUUCUCGACACUCCCUUUACACCAGUUCCUUUCCCAUAUCAAAGGCAGCAGUAGGCCUGAAACAGGGAACAGAGGAACAUGGAGCAGUGCCAUUUUUCUCAGGUAAGAGUUGGUUAUAAAACACAGAUAAUAACUGCUGCAAGUUUUUAAACCCAGUUUGUAGUGACUGUAAACUUCAAACAUUUGAAAUGUAACUUGAAGCCAAACAGAAUCAAAAUUAUCUAAUCAUCAUUUCUGAAAUAAUUUCUACAGAAAUAACAACACCAUAGUUGAGCAAGAGUGUAAAGUAAGCUGACUUUCAGUAAUCAGUGAUUUUGACCUUCCUGCUCCAAAUGCAGGCAUGAACAUUUUCAUCUCAAUUUUUCAUUUAUCAAGGAAAGACAAAACUGAUAUUAAUAUGAAAGGGAAGAAAAAACCUUUUCCAGUUAUCUCAAAAACUCAAUCCUUUCACAACUUGCAGAAAAAUUACAUGGAAGCAUAAUUACAUGUGUACUUACACGUCUAAGUACAGGAAACUUGGAAUCCUAUGGCCAAGUAAACUCCAGCUUCUCCACUAUUUUUUUUUAAUAUGUAAAAUUUUGUUUCUGAGCCUGUCUAGAACUAUUCUGUGAGUGUGCAUAAGGGAGAUCUUGGAACAGCCAGCAUUAAACUGCCAAAGCAAUAGCAUGUUUAACACAUGCCAACUAGAAGAAUCUAAAUGAUGAGACAAAAUUGAGUACAGAGCACUUGGUACUGAUUAGUAGCCAAGUAGAUUGGAAGAGCACAGCAGCUUUCAAAUAAAACAGAGAUGUAUAGCGUCAUAUAACUGAGGUAUGGCAGAGAACAAACUCUUUCUCUCUCUUUCUGCAGGUUUCUAUUUCAGUGACAAGUAAAAACUCUGGAAAUCCCAAUCCAAAACCCCUGAGAGCCUUGAAGUGCAACAGUUCUUCCUAAGGCCAUCUACGCUGUAGUAGAACACAGUGCCUCAAGACACUGACCAAGCUAGCUCUGAUGGACUCUGCCCAAUGUAGGAAAAGCACUCAGAAAUAGCUCCAUUAGCUCCUUCAUUCGUACUGUCAACACCCCCAGGUUUCCAGAACUAACCAUCCCAGUGCCAAACAGCUGAUGUGCAUCUAGGAUCACCCCAGCUGGUCUGGAACCAGCCUCACUUCAUGGCACUGCAUGAAGACACUUCAAUGAACCUAACAGGAUGGGUGCAGAUGGACAAAGGCAUUAACACCAGCUACUUUCCUUAAACCUAUUAGCUCAACAUGACAAAGAAAAUACUUGUGUGGUAACUGAUAUAAAGUGUUUUCAAUAUGACAAAUAUUAAUACAACCAUAUUUUUCAAAGAGCUUUUAUUUGCUUCCUUUCUUGAAUAUACAUAACAUACAUAGCACAUAGUUUUUAUGUUGGUGCAUUACUCAAACAUGAGGUCUCAGUCCAAAUACAGAACUCAGUGAUUCUCUUUGCUUUGUGCCAGGAGGUUAACUUUCUAUUCCCAUGAAAAGUCAACGCGUAUCAUAAUCCCUCUAUACUCCAGCACUUCUGGAAGCAGACUAUUAAAACCUAGUUCAGAAAUACAUAAUUUCAUAGUAUGGAAAAUAUAUUACCUUUACAAGAAAGAGUUUUAUAAGAAUUCCUUCAAAAAAGUAAACAUUCAUGUAAGCCCCCACUCUGUCAAUCUCCCAAAAUCAACUGUAGUCAAAGACCACAAUGGCUACCUGCGCCUUCCAGACACGCGACCAUUUCAGAAGAGGACCAUCAUAACAGUAAAACUGUCAAUCAAUCCUUUAGCUGUCAUAAAUAUACUUAUUUUGUAAUUAAAAAUACAGGAAUCUCACAUUUCUGAAUUACAGUUUGUCAGCUGGAAUUAUAUAUAAGCAUAUAAAGCCAUAUAGGACCCUCUAGCACAGAAAAUCCACAAAGCCCUUACUGUCCAUUGUAAGCAAAAUCAGAUAAACUAUUUUCACAAAACACAGUAUACCUGACAUAAAAAUAAAAUGUCUAGCUUGGCAACAAUUCUGGUAAAAAACAGGAAAAAAGAAAACCAAAUUUAAAAGUAGGAUAUGUAAAACCUGUGUCAAGCAGACCCUUCUAAAGUACAUCACUCCAAUGACAAGACACAAUGACCUCACAGAAAGAAGAGUAGAAUGGUUUACAGGAAUUGUUCAGCACUGCAUAUAGCACUCGUGCUCCACCUCAUUUUCAUGAAAUCACAGGUUUUAAUAAUUCAAAUAAUUUAUCUAGAUUUUAAAAACACAAGAUACUAAAAAUUAAAUUUCACAGAUUAAUUUUUAAAUUUUGUUACCAAUCCUAACAUGUAUAUUAAAAUGUACUAUUGAGGCACUGCUGAAAAAUCCAAGCAGGGUAAGAUUGUCUUACACAUAACCAUAAACAUUCAAGAAAUGAUUGGUCUAUUUUGUGUUCAAAAUGUCAAUGUUCCCACAAAAGUGAAAAGUCUUGAUGAUUUGAUUUGCUGUAUUCUAUAAACGUUAGUUUACAGUCAGUGUUAACAUACAAAACUAGAACUGCCUCUUUCAGAGCCAUACAGUCUUCACAUGCACUGUAACCUACAGUCAUAAAUAAUUUCCAACUGUGCUGGAAAUUUUCUAUUAUUCUUUAUCUGACUUCUCUAUUAAAAAUAAACAGGCUGGAUUUUUAUUUUAAAAAAACCUAUCUUCUCCCACGACUUGAAAAACAAGUAUCAAAAAA